GCGACUACAACAGCAAUCCUAAUCUGCAAUCUGCAAUAUAUGUGUUUACAUGUGCUUAUUCUGAGAUAGUUUAUAGUACUCAUUUUGUGUAACUUCUAACAGUUAUGUCCUUGUGGUUUAUGGACAUGCUUUUGGAACUCUAGCAACUGCUCUUUUUGCAUUUCUCUUUGAGAGGAAAAAUGAGAGCAAAAUCAAUGUUCAGAUCUUGCGAAAUGUCUUUUUCUUAGGUCUGCUGAGAGUGUUAGGAAGUACACUGUACUACAUGGGAUUGGAAUACACUUCACCAGCUUUUGCAUCUGCCAUGUCCAACAUGAUUCCAUCGAUUACCUUCAUCUUAGCUGUUUUGUGCAGGAUGGAACAGUUUGAUAUUUCCAAGCCUGGUACCCAAGCCAAGAUUGGAGGAACUCUUGCUGCCUUUGCUGGUGCAACACUCAUGACCCUCUACAAGGGCGUUGCAGUAAUUACAAUGCACACCAAAAGCUCCUAUCAAACUGCAGGUACCUCAAAAUCAUCUACACACGCAGAAUGGAUCAAGGGCUCCCUUGUCCUUAUUGUUUCAUAUAGUUCAGUUGCAGCAUCCUAUAUCUUACAGACAUCAACAAUUAAAAUGUAUCCAGCACCAAUCACUCUUACAUCAUUGACCUGCUUAUCUGGGACACUGCUCUCAACAAUCAUGGCAGCAAUUCUAGAUCACAAAGCAUCUUCUUGGAAGUUAUCAUGGAACACACUUCUUGCUCCUAUGUAUAGUGUAAGAACUCAAUCACACGUCUUCAACUGUCUAUGGCCUAUGAUGUUUGUUUAUGAAAAGUAA